AAAGCCCAAAUAUUUUGCGCGAAAAUCUGAACCGGGAAGAAUUCCUGUGCUUUUGUGAACUGGUGAGAGAGCUGGGUGAUUAUUUUUCUGCAGCUCAGGAUGGAUGAAUAUGAUGAAAUGUACGGGAUCGAGGAUGAUUUUGAAGAACAGUUUGCAGACGAACUGGAGGUGAUGGCAGAAAUGGACUGCGAGUCUCCUCGUGACGUGAAGGUAUCUGAGUUCAGAAACAAGAAACAGACGUUCGAGGAAGCUCUGAUAUCCGCCGACUCGACUUUAACCAAACCGAACACGGUUGAAGCUCCAGAGCGCGAGGAGGAUGAUUCGCUGACACCGAAAACGAAGAAGCGGAAACAGGACGUGGCCAAAAAGCUCCAUUUCGAAGCGGCACAUGAUGAAGAUGAAGAUGAGGUCAUGCCUUCCUUCUCACCUGAGGUGCAUCAGAGGCCAGGAUUUUCUCUCUCUCUCUCCCCCGAUAGACCCGGAUCCACCAGACCUGUCAGUGUGUUGGACAUCAGCGGCCUGGAAGUGCUGCAGGAAUCUCCGAAGAAAGCCACAGCGCCGCGCCACGCUCUGAAACGUCCACCAGCCAGCGGAGAUUACAUCACCGUCACCGACUGUAUGGGCAACCGAGUAUAUCUCCGCAAGAACGACGACCAGGACCACCAGACACCGGAUCCGAGAUUUUUCCGAAAUUCCCAGAAUGCACUGGGGCUGCUGGCUGUUCCUAUCGAGGUUCUCAAAGAGCAAGUGUCAGAAAGACGUCAUCGUCAGUUGCUGGAGGAAUCCCACAGAUUAACAGAACUCCUCAACACUGGUAUCGAUCCUGAGCUUCUUGUGGAUGAAGUGACAGAAGACACUGAGGAUGGAAACGUUAACGUGUCUGAUGAAAGCUCCGCCUCUCGAUUGUGGGUGGAUCGCUUUGCUCCUCAGCAUUAUAUGGAGCUCCUGAGUGAUGAUUUCACUAAUCGCUGUCUGUUGAAAUGGCUGAAACUUUGGGACUCGGUGGUUUUCGGGAGAGAGAGAAAGCCACGCCCACCCACAGCCGAGUCCAGAGCCAACGGCACCAACGCUCAGAACCAGAACCAGCGCUUUAAAACUAAAAGCCAGCUCACUGAGGAGAUCCUGGAGGCAGAGCUGGACCAGUACAAACGACCCAAACUCAAGGUUGCGCUCCUGUCCGGACCUCCUGGAUUAGGAAAGACGACAUUGGCGCACAUCAUCGCUAAACACGCAGGAUAUAACGUAGUCGAGAUCAAUGCCAGUGAUGAUCGCAGUGCAGAGCUGUUUCAGAAGCGUAUCGACACGGCCACACAGAUGAAGUCGGUCCUGGGAGCCAAUGAGAAACCAAACUGCCUCAUCAUCGACGAAAUCGAUGGAGCUCCAGCAGCUGCCAUCAGCGUGCUGUUAGCGACCCUGAACAGAAAGGAUAGUCGAGACGGAGAAGACUCCUCCUCCACCUCAAACCCCUUGAAGAAAAAGAAGAAGAAAGAUUCUGUUUUGCUUCGACCAAUUAUCUGCAUCUGUAAUGACCUUUACACUCCGGCUCUGAGGCCGCUGAGGCAGCAAGCGUUUCUGUUAACGUUUCCUCCGACGCAGCAGUCUCGCCUCACACAGAGACUGGCAGAGAUCACACGGCGACAGGGUAUGAAGGCGGACACUGGCUCUCUGAUGGCCUUGUGCGAGAAGACGGACAACGACAUCCGUGCAUGCAUCAACACACUACAGUUUUUACACGGGCGGGGUCAGAGACAGUUGGAUCAGCGUGUGGUGAAUUCGAUGAGCAUCGGAUUAAAGGACCAGAACAAGGGGUUGUUUUCAGUGUGGCAAGAAAUAUUUCAGCUUCCUCGAUUGAAAAGGAAACGGAUUGGUGGAGAUCCGUUCGGCGGUUUUGAGGAGGCGGGGCUUAAAGACAGCAGCCAGAGAUUUCAGCACAUCCUUCACCUGGCCUCGUCCUGUGGAGAGCACGAGAAACUCACACAGGGUUUGUAUGAUAAUUUCCUCAGUAUGAAGCUGAAGGAUCCGAGUCUGAUGGGUGUGUGUUCAGGAUUGGACUGGCUCUCUUUCUCUGAUCUGGUGAACGAGUGUGUGCUACACAGUCAGAAUUACUCUCUCUUUCGCUACCUGCCCUUCCUCCCCGUUGCGUUCCAUCACCUUUUCGCUGCUAACUCCGUCCCGCGCAUCAGUUACCCCAACAGCCACUACGAGAGCCUUACGAAAACCCAGCACACUAAGAACGCCCUGCUUGCCAUGUUGGCAGAGAUCCCUCCCUCCAUACGGACCCGUGUCUGCCAGAAUAACCUGUGUUUAGACGUUCUGAGUCUUUUACUGGAGCUCAUCUGCCCCAAACUACGGCCGGUUAACCCUCAGCUGUACAGUACAAGGGAGAAACAGCAGCUCUGUGAGCUCAUUGAUACGAUGAUUAACUACAACCUGACCUACAGACAGGAACGCACAGCAGAGGGGCAGUACACCUACAUCCUGGAACCUAACGUAGAGGACGUGGUGCGGUUUCCUGGUCUGCCCCCUCGGAGACAGCUGACCUAUCAGGUGAAGCAGCUGAUCGCCAGGGAGGCGGAGCUGGAGAGGAUGAGAAGGGUGGAGCGUGCACAGCAGAAACGCAACCCGCAGAAGAUGGAGACGGCUGAGGAAGCAAAGGAGGUAAAGAAACCUCAGGCCAAGAAGCAGAUGAGCAGGAACCACCAUCAGAGGCUGGAGAACAUCGUUAAACAGACAGUAGUGGAGAGUAAGCCUGAAAUGGAUUUCUUCGGCCGAGCCGUUGUCCCUAAAGAGAAACUGGCUGCUAACCCAGCAACAGAUGAAGACGGAAAGUCAAGCAGCUCCCAGCUGGGUAAAGCUGUAGGAAACAGUGACGUCUGGUUCCGCUUUAACGAAGGAGUUUCUAACGCAGUGCGGAGAAACGUCUACAUUAGAGAACUGCUGUGAGGGGAAACUCCAGAAAAUAUGCUUAAUAAAUAAAUUAAACUUUAAAAAAAAAAAAAUUCAUUAUCCAUACUUGUGGUUAUGGUGUCUUUCUAGAUGUUUUCUUUACAGAAAGAUAAAUCAGAUAUAAAGCUUCACUUCACAACAUGAUUUAGUUACAAUGCUAUCGACAGAAAAAAGAAAUUCCAGCUUUUUUUCUAGACAACCACACAUUUUCCAGAUUCCACCCACGGACUGUUUUUUAGCAGCUCGGGAUUCAGAAACGGAUCCUCAGGCAUUUUCUCCUCGAUCCAUUUCGCCAGGCUAGAACAAAGGAAAAACAAAAGAUGUCAAAUCUGAUGUCGAAAAGAGCAGCAGAAAAAUCCUGAACGUGGACGUGAAGGUCACUCACUCAGGGAUCGACACAGACGUUUUCUCUCUUGGUAACUCCAGCUGCUGUUUCAGACUUUCCACCAUGUCCUUCAGCUGAGUCUCGUCUAACUCAUCCAUCUAUCCACGUCAGGAGAUGGAGAGAAUUAAACCGUCAAGACACAGCAUAUCCAUGGGGUAUAUAUUCUCUACUUAAAUUAAUUAAAUGCCUAACUGAGGUUUAAUACUUGACAGUAUUUAAUAUCAGUAAUUCUUUAACUGUUGAACACCCUGGGUAGUUUUAUAAAAAUGAGAAUUGUUAAUUAUGAUGCUUUAAAAAAAAAAGUUGACUGUCAUUGUUUGACAUUAAAUACUAGUAACAUGUCUAAUAUAUAAACAUAUCUGAAUACCUGCCCAUCACAAAAUAGACAUAGCAUUACACAAGUUUUUUUUUUUUUUUUACCUUGGUAGUUGUGAGAUCAGUGAGGAUAAGAGCCCUUUAUUGAAACUUUCCCGGCGUGUAGGAACGAUUAACUCCGUGCUGUCCGACGCUGUAAGAGUCUCGUUACUCAAACUAUUUGCCUUUCUACCCUUGUGUUUUUAAGGAGAAAGGGGUAGGGCUGAUUUGCCUGUCCCUCCCUGAUGUAAAAGAGAUGUAAAAAGAGUUCGCGGUGGCUUCCAGUGAAAUCUCAGAAACUAUACUUUAAAUAAUGAAACCUCAGACUUCAAUUUUUUUUUUUCACAUCUCUGCAAGCAGCAAUGAGGGGGCCAAGCAACACAGGUCCACCAAGUAAAUGACAUCAGAACUCCUCCUACUUGGAGGCUGUCCACACGGCAACGGAUUCAGGUGAAUCUGAUAAAAUUGUUUAUUGUUUCGGCCUGGCGUCCACACGGCACCGGCGUUUUGGGUGCCCCAAAACGAUAUUUUUUGAGAACGGGUUCCAGAGUGGAAAAAUCUGGCAACGGCACCGUUGCGAAGUCGUCUGGAUGAGUAGAACGGAUUUGUUUAUGAUGUCACAACCACAUGACUAGAACAAGCAGCACUCUCGCUGUUUUGUAUGAACCACUGCAUUGCAUUCACUUUUGUAUACAGCUUUUCUUUU